AUGUAUGCACUUAGAGAGUUCCAAUCUUUGUUAUUUUAUUCAGAGUUUCCAAACUGUGGGAGCAGUCAUGAUGUUGGACCAGCCAUACACAGCCGUAUUGUAGGUGGCAAAGAUGCAUUGCCAGGGGCUUGGCCAUGGAUCGUCAGCAUUCAGCUUCCCAACAGGCACGGUGGUCACCGACAUUCAUGUGGAGGGUCUCUGUUGAACCAUCAAUGGGUUGUGACAGCUGCUCAUUGCUUUAAGGCCUCCAGCAAGAUUCUUGAGGAAUGGCUGCUAAUCCUUGGUGGUCACCAACUAUCAGAAUUAGGCCCUGAGGUGGAGUCCCGUCGUAUCAAGCAUGUUAUUAAACAUGAGCGCUACAAUCCACGGCGAGAGGAAAAUGAUAUUGCGUUAAUUGAAUUGGAUAGACCAGUCAUACUAAGUGAAUAUAUCCAGGUAGCCUGCCUUCCUGAUCAGACCAUGGAUGUUGAAAGUUUAUCACGAUGUGAAAUCGCUGGAUGGGGAGUCACAGAGGAACAUUCAACCGCUACUGCCGACAUCCUACAGGAGGCACCAGUCCAUAUAAUUCCAAGGGCCACAUGCAACAGUACAGAAUGGUACAACGGUGCUGUGAAUAUCAACAAUUUGUGUGCCGGUGUGGAGCGUGGUGGAGUCGACAGCUGUCAGGGAGACAGUGGAGGACCAGUAAUGUGUAUGGAUCGAGAAACAGGGGUAUAUGUGGUCAGUGGAAUCACCAGCUGGGGUAGUGGCUGUGGACAGAUGAAGAAACCAGGAAUCUAUACAUCAACACAGAGUUUUGUGGACUGGAUUGAAACAAAAGUGUCAAGACAUCCAACAGAAGAGCAACCGACUGACAUUAUACCUGUUACAUCUGAGAAUGUCAUAAGGCAAACAGAACAAGAAAAGGAAGAAGAGCAGACUGUUGCACCUGUUACACCUGUUACACCUGUUAUAGAUGUAAAUGACUGGAUCAGACAGCUCGAUGACAUUAUUACACAGUUCUCCCCAGAGGUCCCUUUCGAGGAAGCUGCAAUACUGAACACAGGAAAUAAUAACAGGGAGAACAUAAAAAGUUCAUUUUCAAAAGUUACAGCUAACAGCCAGUUUUGA